UCUUCAUCCUCACAAACCUGCAACUUUUCAUUGAAAUCAAAACCCUAAUCUCAACCUUAACCUAACGCUAGCAAUGUCGACUGAAGAGCCAAUCGUUGCGACCGAGCCUACUGUGGAGGCGACGGAGACCGCUGACGUCACUGCGACGGAGAAUGCUCCUGCUGAAACGGAGGUGAAAGAGACCAAAGCGACCAAAGCGAAGAAAACGAAGAAAGCUUCUGCUCCGAGGAAACCUAGGACUCCUGCUGCUCAUCCUACAUACCUCGAGAUGAUUACGGACGCCAUAACUACUUUGAAGGAAAGAACCGGUUCAAGCCAGUACGCAAUUGCGAAGCUUAUCGAAGGGAAGCAGAAGAAUCUUCCGGCUAACUUUAAGAAGCAGCUGUCAACUCAGCUGAAGAAAUUCGUUGCUGCCGGUAAGCUUGUUAAGGUCAAAGCCUCUUACAAGCUACCGUCGAAGGCUUCUGGCGAAGCUGCUCCGAAGAAAAAAACCGCUGCGAAAGCCAAGCCGGCUGCCAAGAAAGCUCCAGCUAAAAAGAAGCCGGCCGCUGCUACGAAAGCUAAAGCCAAACCAGCUGCCAAAACCGCCAAGCCUGCUGCGAAAGCCAAGCCAGCUGCGAAGGCAAAGCCGGCUGUGAAAGCCAAACCUGCUGCUAAAACAAAGCCGGCUGCAAAGGCUAAGCCAGCUGCCAAGCCGAAAGCCGCAGCUCCUGCAAAGAAGAAGCCAGCUGCCAAGGCGAAGACGCCUACCAAGCCCGUUGCUAAGGCUGCUCGGACGUCAACUAGAACAUCUCCAGGCAAGAAAGCUGCGGCUCCCAAGGCGGCUGCGGCUAAGAAGACACCGGUGAAGAAGGCGGCAGCGAAGAAGGCAGCACCGGCGGCGAAGAAAGCUACUCCGGCUAAGAGAGCCGGAGCGGCUAGGAAAGCGAAGAAGUGAAUGUGUUUGGUUUAGAUGUUAGAUGUAAAGUUUUUCAGGUGAUGAUGGUGGAUUCAUGGGUGUAUAAUUAGACUGUUUAUCAUAUUGUUGCCCAUGGGGAGGUUAUAGAGUUUGAUUUUAGUGUUAUGGUUUUUAGAUAAUGUUGUUUCUGGUUGAAAGAAUAUGAAUGAUCCUGCAACUGCUUGUUGGUAGGGUGAUUAAUUAGGGUUUAUUUUUCUUGUGAAAUUGAAUUGGAAAUCGAUGGUUUUGGAUUUUA